CCUCUGCCUAGUUAUUGAAGUCAGGCAGCGGACACGACGCGAGAGGUGGAGGAGGAGGGGGCGACUUUUAAAGGGCCAGCAGCGGAAGAAAGUUGUGCGGAGAGUUUCUUGAGGGGCUAUUUUUUCCCUGUUGUUGUUGGCAAGGUCCUGUCAGGGUGAUAGCAACGCGCCGCGCCUUGGUGGGGGGUAACUAUCCCAGGAGCCGCCAGCCGCAGGAUGGAGCAGGCAGCGCCUAAAAGCAAGCUAAAAAAGCUGAGUGAGGACAGCUUGACUAAACAGCCUGAAGAAGUCUUUGAUGUAUUGGAGAAGCUUGGAGAAGGGUCUUAUGGCAGUGUAUUUAAAGCCAUUCAUAAAGAAUCUGGGCAAGUUGUGGCAAUUAAGCAAGUCCCUGUUGAAUCAGAUCUACAAGAAAUAAUUAAAGAAAUUUCUAUAAUGCAACAAUGUGACAGCCCUUAUGUUGUUAAGUACUAUGGCAGCUAUUUUAAGAAUACAGACCUGUGGAUUGUUAUGGAGUACUGUGGAGCUGGUUCUGUCUCGGACAUAAUUAGAUUACGGAAUAAAACACUUACAGAAGAUGAAAUUGCAACCAUUCUUAAAUCUACGCUUAAAGGCCUUGAAUAUUUGCACUUCAUGAGAAAAAUACACAGAGAUAUAAAGGCUGGAAACAUCCUCUUAAACACCGAAGGGCAUGCCAAAUUAGCUGACUUUGGAGUGGCUGGACAGUUAACCGAUACAAUGGCAAAGCGGAAUACUGUCAUAGGUACUCCAUUUUGGAUGGCUCCAGAGGUAAUACAAGAGAUUGGUUAUAACUGUGUGGCAGACAUCUGGUCCCUUGGCAUUACUUCAAUAGAGAUGGCAGAAGGAAAGCCACCAUAUGCUGAUAUACAUCCAAUGAGGGCAAUUUUUAUGAUUCCAACGAACCCCCCUCCGACAUUCCGGAAGCCAGAGCUUUGGUCUGAUGAAUUUACUGAUUUUGUGAAAAAAUGUCUAGUGAAGAAUCCUGAGCAGAGAGCUACAGCAACACAACUUCUGCAGCAUCCUUUUAUUAAGAAUGCCAAACCAGUCUCAAUUCUCAGAGACCUGAUUACUGAAGCCAUGGAAAUUAAGGCAAAAAGGCAUGAAGAACAGCAGAGGGAACUGGAAGAAGAGGAUGAAAACUCGGAUGAAGAUGAGCUAGACUCCCACACCAUGGUGAAGACUAGCUCAGAGAGUGCAGGCACAAUGAGGGCCACAAGUACGAUGAGUGACAGUGCUCAGACAAUGAUUGAACAUAACAGCACCAUGCUAGAAUCAGACCUGGGGACCAUGGUGAUAAACAGUGAUGAGGAUGAAGAUGAAGAUGAAGAUGGAACCAUGAAAAGAAAUGCUACAUCACCGCAGGCUCAGCGGCCUUCAUUUAUGGACUACUUUGAUAAACAAGAUUCCAAGAAUAAAGGCCAUGAAAACUGCAAUCAAAAUAUGCAUGAAUCCUACCACAUAUCGAAGAAUGUUUUUCCUGAUAACUGGAAGGUUCCCCAAGAUGGCGAUUUUGAUUUUAAUUUGACUCCUCACCACAAGAAGACAGAAUAUAAAAAGAGCUCUGCUGGAUCAGACCAAAGGCCUGUAUCCGCUGUUGCACAGUGCCAGCUAAAAAACCUAAGCCUGGAAGAGCUGCAGAUGAGAUUAAAAGCUUUGGAUCCUAUGAUGGAACGAGAAAUUGAAGAGCUUCGUCAAAGAUACACAGCUAAGAGGCAGCCAAUUCUGGAUGCGAUGGAUGCAAAAAAACGAAGGCAACAGAACUUCUGAUUUUCUUAAUUCCUAAAAUAAUGCUAUGAGUCGAUAUGGACACUGGUAAAAAAAAAAAACUAUACACAAUUACAAGUCUUGAAAAGCAGCAACUUUAAGCUUCACAACAACUAAAGCUGAAAUACUAAAAGAAAGCACAUUAUAUGUUCUGCAGCCUGAGUAAAAAACCUUUCCUAUUUCUCAUGUUUAAAUACAAAAGAAGUUUCACAUUCCACUUGCUGAUCCUUUUCAGCUGUGUUUCAGUAGUGCUAUGUGUUGUACAAUACAGAGUAAUAUUUGGUUCCUGGUAAAAUGUAAAGCUAUCUCCUAAUUGCUCAAUAAUGCAGGGCCUUAAGUUGCAAUAUAUUUUCCUCCAAUUUACUCCAUAUUUAUUGUAUACGCUUAGGUGAUCUUAUUUAUUUUUAUGCUUCUUAACUAUAAAUGGUGCUUGCAGAUGCUAAUAGCGGAAGCCGAGAGUAAGUAAAACAUAUGUGUGCAGUCACACAGAAGUCACUGCUACAUUAAGAUCUAACUCAGGUAAAGAGUAUUCGCUCCAGCUGGCUUGUAAGCGCACAUUUAGGUCUCAUGGGAUAUUUUUUAGUUAGGAACUUGAAGUUGAGCAUGCAUUUAAGCACUAUGCUGAUUUUGGGGGCUAGUGGUACUCUGGCUACCCUAGCAAAAUGCUCACUCAGAGACAGGGUGCAAUGUGCAAUGAAUGGAGGUUAUGCACUCUUAAACAACUUCCAUUUAUUGCCAGGGCAUGUGCAUAGAGGUUCCUCUCCCUUUCACUUUUGUUGAGCAAGAUCUUGCGGAAUCAGAGACAAGUGCCUAUAUAGUCUUUUGUCACUCUCUCCCUACUUUGUAAUGCAGGAAAAAUGCAGGGCACUCCCUUUUGGGGCACAUUUCUACCUGCCAUUCCUUUUUAUCUAUAGUCACUUACGUUGCUCCAUAAUAAAAGUUCUCUUUCAUUAGAGAGCCAAUACAAGGCUCAUUGUAAGUUUGAAUUGGUGGGGUUUUUUUGGGGGGGGGGUUAUCUUUCCAGUAUUCUUAUCCAUUUAUUUUCUCUUUGUACUGGAAUACAGAAACAUUUUGUUGUUGUUAUAAACACACUUUGAGAAACACUAAUUGAAAAGCCAAAGAAAGUUACUCUUUUGAUCCAUAGGUAUAAGCAUGCACUGUUGCUGUUUUUCCUGGUUGUUUCUUCUUCAGCAGCAUUUCCUUCUAAAUGGCAGCAGUUCCUCCUAAAUGGCAAAGGCAUUUAAAAACACACACACCACUCUUUUAAAGCCCUCCUUUAAAUAGUGCAUUUUACAUUUUGUUGUUGCUGAAGAGGACAUAACUGUGGAAUAACUGCCAUGGAAGUACAGUAUAAGCCUUUCUGCCUUGCAAGCAAUAAACAGAAAUUCUAGGUAAAUAAUGGCCUCAAAAGAUAAAAGAGCAUUACAGUAUUCCCUUAAUGUCUACUCUGGCUCAAGAGAAAAUAUACUAAGGUUGUAUGCUGGCAAGAUAGCCUUGCAUGAUAGUGUACAUGUGCUAGUAAUAAUCACAGCAAAAUACCUGUAACCAUUAGGCAACCUGACUUUCCCAUGGUAUUAAGCUACUGCUAUGGGUAUUCUAGCUGGGUUGUUUAGGGUGUUUGCGUUUUAGGGCUUUCUUGGAAGCAUACAACCUCAGUGGAAUUUCCCUAGUAUGAUAUAGUUGUUCAGCCCUUGAUAUGUGCUUAUAUCUACUAGGUGAAAAGUAUUCUAUUGCAGUCAAUAUAGUAAGCUUCUUUUGUACCUUGAUGGAAUGCAUUUUACAGUUACUUUAAUAGGAACCACACGUUUAUUUCCUUCUGACUUUUCCCUUCACAACCAAUUAACAUGACUGUGGUAUUCAUAUACUUCCCAGAAAAGUCUGAUAUAUUGAUAAUUAUGCACACAGACCUAGUAAGGAUCUUAAUAUUGAUCACUAAGCAGAUAUUCUGUGAAAAGUUCUGGAUUUUAGUAAAUAUUCUAGUCUUUUUAAUAUAUACUGCAGUCAUUGUAAGUCAUUUGUACUGUGAACUGCAAUCUGGGAAACCACACAGCACAUUCUGAAAAGCCUUAAAACUGUCAAAAGACAUGAUCACGUUAUGGGACCAUUCAUUUAUUUUUCAACAACUGAAUAUGAUCUUACCAUAUGCGCUAUGUGUGUGCGCACGUGCAGGUGUACAUGUAUUUUGAAAUCCAAACGGUAAGUUAAAAAUUAUUUGAACCCAUUAUAGCUUCAAAAGAAAAGAAAAAAAUAUCAGGUCUUACAAAUCCUAAAUUGCUUUUAUGAAAGAGAUGGAAAGUUGUGGUUGAGAACCUUAUUGGAGCUGAUACCCAGUAUUAUUUGCUCCUGGUAUGCCACUAUUGUUGUGAUGUACUGUGAAACUAUAGUUGGUCAUUUUGUUGUAAAUCAAACUUCUGAAAUGUUUUGCAAAAUUACAGUUAUAUUCAUUAUAAGUGCUUAAGAUGUGACUUAUGGAACUUUACUAUCAAUGUGUUUUAUAAUAAUCUACAAUACAGAAGAAUCAUGCACAUUGCAUUAUUGGCAGUAUGAUCACUCUCCAUCCCAAGCUGUUAAAAUACAUUCACCACAAUAAUUACACAAAUCUGCGCAGCAUCUAUACAAGGCAAGCAAAGCAGCCCAGUUACCUCUAGAGUGAGAAAUCAGUCCUUGCUGCAGCUUCUAACCAGUGUACGGCUGUGCCAGAGCUGUGGAUAUUAGAGGUGCAUGGAGCCAAUUGUGGUCCUGCCCCGAGAAAGCCUUUUCUCAUACUUAUGCUGCUGCUCCAGAUCAGUGGGGAUAGCCAACUCUCAUCACUAAUAGCAAAGGGUCAGGGGUCCCCUUGUGCCAGUGCUGCAAGUCCUGAACCCUAUGGUGUGCAGAGCCUAGGGCUGGGCUUUAACAGUGCAAUCCUAUGCACGUUUAUUCAGAAGUAAGAUUGAUUUUCUCAAUGUGCGUAGAAUGUUCAUAAUCAAGCAUCACUUUGACACCCUUUUUAAUGUUGAGAGAUGCUCCUUUUUUUUCCAGAGCAGUACCAAGUUCUUAUUGAGAUGUUUUUUUUUAAUCCCAGGAUUUUCUGAGCCACACUCUUUCCAAAUCUUCAAAGAAAUACCAAAAAGAUGUGUUGGGGGCAUCAGCCUCAUCUUCCCCUGCUAUGCCUUACGCAUAAUUGACUUUGACCAAUCAGAUGUUAUUUGCCUGAUUGGUGUUGCCUUGAUUAUUGUUAUACAGUGAAAGAAAGAAAGAUAAUAUUAAAGCCAGCUGUCAGGCUAAGACAUAUGGCAUCUGUUCAGAUACUGGCAUAGUUGGCAUAUAUAAAUCUUGGCUUAAUAAAAUGAAAUGAGCAUAAGCCUUGUGCCUGUGCAUUCCUUUCUCAUGCCAUCCUUUCCCUCCUCCCUUCUUAUGUUGCUAAGAUUAACUAAAGAAGCCUUCGAUUAACAUCGUUUCCUAUUACAUCUGAACAUCGUUUCCUAUUGCAUCUUACAUUUUAAACUGUUGAUUUGUGUUUUUAACCUGUUGGUUGUUUUAUUAUGGUUUUAAUUUUUGUGAACCACCCAGAGAGCUUUGGCUAUUGGGCGGUAUAAAAAUGUAAUAAAUAAAUAAAUAAACAGGGAAACUAUGGUUCCCAAAUUCAGAAGAAGCCAGUAACUUUGUGAACUGCCCAGGGAGCUUCGGCUAUUGGGCGGUAUAAAAAUGCAAUAAAUAAAUAAAUUGAACCAAUUAUAAAAAGUACUUUCAGAUGCUGGCUUGUUGUGAACCUGGUAACUCUAGUUGCACAGUUAAAACUUAAUGGAAAAUUGUUGUUAACUGAUGGCUUCCUGGGUUAUUUGCAGCAUGCCCAGGAGGGAUGGAGCAAUAUCAGGAGAGAAUGCGCAGGCACAACGCUUCUGCAUUUGUUGGUUUAUAAAGCCAAGAUAUGCAUAUCCAAACUGGGCUACUGGCCCAGUUCCCAUCUAAUGACAGCCCAUUGGUUAAAUAAAGCAUGGGCUGUCAGGGACAAGCAGGAGCGAGAGAGCCCGCCACUUCUGCUUUUACUCCACAACCCAUGUUUGGCUCCUUUAUAGACAGUGGAGCAUGAGAUCCAAAACUGGGCUCAACAACCCAAUUGUUAACCCAACAAAACACAAUGGGUUAACUGCUAAACAAUCUAAGCCCCGAAACAACCCAUUGGUUUGGGUUCAGACAUCACACUCCACAACAUGCAAAAGAGCCAAUCGUGGGUUGUGGAGUAAAAGCAAAAGUGACAGGCAGGUGCUCUCUCCUGCUCAUGCAUGACAAUCCAUGGGUUGUUUAAAGGAAGAGUUGUUGUUGCUUUGUGAACCAGGUCAUUGAGUCUCACAAGGGCCUUUUCAUCUGAAAAGAUACAACUGAACUGCAUUUCUCACUUUAAUCAAAGCCUUAUUCUGUACAGUCUAAAACAAAAAGUGGCACACAAAACAUACUAUUUAGAAUUAUAUGUGUCCAAAAUUCUCCCCCAGUUAAUCAGUUCAGUACUGAAUACAAUGAAUUUGAAAAAUCAUUUGAUGCCAUUCCUAUUUGUUGAAUCAGGCAACAUGUUUGGAGCUGUUCGUGUGACAUGAGAGUCCACCGUGAAAUGGCUGGGGCCAUUUUGAAUAUGCAACACCUGAUCCAGGGUUGUCAAGUUGUCCAGACCGGGCGAGCAACCUCACAUACUCCACACUUAUCGAUUUCACACAACACAACAACCCCAAGUGGGGUUUGUAUAUGCGGCCAAGCCACAAUGUGCUGCAGGGUGUCAUCCAAACCCAUUCACUGGCUAAAAAUGAAAUGUGGGAAUAGGAUUUAUAUGCAAUUGGCCUUUUUAUUAUUCUUUCAUAUUUAUUAAUAUUUACUGAAAAAUAGAUUAUUCAUGUCCAUAAUCACUUAUCUAUUGAAAACAUACAUGUUUUGUAAAUUAUUUAUUUUACUAAAACUUGCAAUAAAUCCAGUAGAGUUGACAAUUAACCUUCAUGAAAUUUUAAUCCAGCUUGGUUUGUGGUUUGUUUCCUAUCUUGUACAAAAAGUUUUAAAGUACAUUUCCCAAAACUCAGAAAAAUAAUUGUUUGUUACCAAACAUUUUGAAUAAAAGUUAUUUUCCAUCUAUA